UAUUGCUGUAAUUCGCAAUGCAUUAUGGGUCAAAAACAAUAUUACAGUUGUUAACAGUAUAUUUCCCUGUCAACUGUAAAUUGAUUUACAGGUAAGAGGUGUUUUCACUGUAGUUCAUACAUUUUACAACAAUUUACUGUGAUGUGGCAUUAUGGGAUUGCGCGGGCUGAAUACAAGUUUGAAAACUGGUGGACUGGAGCAGGGCAAGAAGAGUUGAAGAUAAAAGGCACUAUUUACAACAUUUUUGGCGAGCCAUAGAAUUGCGACUGGGCGCGCCAUAACAGUGGUGAGACGAAGCUGAACUGUUACAAGAGCUUAUAAUCCAAUUUGGACCUCUGAUCCGUCUUUGGACUCUGAGAUUUGAAAGUAAGCACUCUUACUUCAAACAGUGUGCAAGAAAAUUGCACAACUUUAAAAACCUGUGUGCUACUUUAUCAGAGAGACAUCAGCUCUUACAAGCAUACUUAAGUGCUGGGACUCUUUUUCCUCCUGUAGUUCAGGUGGGAAGAGGAGAUGCAUUUUAUGCUGGUGACUACAAUGACAGAAUGGAAUGUAGAAGACCAAACAAGAUGUGUCAAAGUAACACCUCUAGACUCCACAGAAAUAGUCUUUGAUACCACAAUGAGGGACUUUCCAUCAUCAAAUUCUAGUUCCUCAUGCACACCAAGUGUCUCCAGCACAGACAGUUCAAGUACAACUGUGGACUUAAGUGUAUGGCCUGAAAACUUUGAAGUUCCCUGGAAUAGGAUGCCUUCUGGUAUUAAAACAGCCAUUGCGCUGGGAAAACGCCCCACAGCUAAAGAUCGCAGAGAAAUGAUAAGAAUCGUUGUGGAUGAGAUGAGACUGACAGAGUUAAAUCCAUCAAAAUCCCAGUGCUUGAUUGUCGCGAAAAAGAUUGUUAAACAGUAUUCGCAAAGCUUUGCUGAUGUCCUGGUAGAUGGCACAAGAAUAGGGACUGGCUAUGGAUCUCUUUUGACUCAACUAAAAACAAGAGUGGAGCAUGUUAAUCGUGGCUGCUUGUUGUCAAGACGCAGGACACAGAAAAAGACCUCAAAUUCAUCAGGAGAAGACAUUGCCCCAGGACCUGCAGACCAGUAUGGUUGUGUGAGAUGGCAGCCUGAGUGUCCGCAAGAAGAAUCUGAGGAGAGUCUCCAAGAAAAACAAAAAGAAAUGAAAGACCUCUACAGUACUGAGGGGCCAGCUGGGGUAGAGAGAGGACAUCUCAGUCAGUUAAUGAAGGCAACAUACUACCUACAACGGAAAUCCAUCAAUGCCUGCCCAUCACCAUCGAUUGCUGACUUGAAAAAUGACUGGCCUUAUCUUUUCACACCCAAAGAAUUGUACAACCACUUUAAAUCUCUUACAAACAUAACCAUUCUAGAGAAACUUGAGAAGUCUAUGGAAGAAAAGGGAAAGAUGAUACUUCAGUUCUUCAGACAAUUGCCAGCAGGGACUAAUACAGAUGAGAUGCAACGCAUACUUAUGAAGUAUGAUGACAGUGGAGCAUCCUGUUUAAUCCCAUGUGUGGUCCUUCUGCUUCUGUCACACUUCAAAGAAAAACCUGAAGCACUCUUUCUUCAGACCGAUUGGAUGCUGAGUGUUGAGGGCCAAGUGGUUAUGAAUCCACACCCCAAUUUUAUGGCUGGAUUUGCUGCUUUGUUUGCGACUUACUACAACUUUAAUCUGGUGUACCAGCACGAGGCAUCCUGCACACUUGAAUUUGUUCAAAGAUGUUUUGUUGGAAUCAACCCAUCCACUGGUACCAAAACAGUCAGAGAAGAGGAACAACACAGUCAAUCCUCAUGUGUCUACUCUUCUCAGAAGGCUAAUGGACUUUGAGUGGUUAAGCAUGUAAGUUGUCAAAUGUAUAUAUAUUAAAAAAAAAACUACAGGAGGAGAUGUCUAUAAAAUGACACAUAAUUCUAUAAUCUUGUUCAGUAAGGUCUUGUUCUCCUGCCAAAGUGUUCAACUUACACAAAAUGUAAAAAAGUAUUUUACAUUAAAACAGUUAAAAUGUUUU